GUCCAGCACCUAACUGAGAAUGCCUAGUUCAAAAGAGGAAUUCCAGACUGCUUUGAAAGAAAUUGCAUACUUUUCUCCAACUCUUGACUCACCCUAUGAUCGGGUGCGUCUGGCAGAAUGGGUUCGUCGCCUUGUACUUGAGGCCAAACAAAGUGAUCCCAGUUGCUAUUUGGUGAACCCGUAUGCCCAGUUACUGAGAAUUCAAGCUCGAGCUGGUCACCUACGCUCUCCUUUUCUUUCUCCUCCUAACCCUGGUACUAUUCCACCACUGGCUGUGACCCUUGGCAGAGAAGUGAUGACAUCAGUGCCGACACUCCCAACACCUGGACCCACGGCACCAUUUAUGUGCAGAAAAUCCAAGGACGGUCAUGCUUACAUAGCAGCCAGGCAGGUACCAGGGAAGGGUGUCUUGUGUUACCUGGCAGUCAGCACCCAAGGCUUGGGAACAAAUUAAAAUUAUAACAAAUCACUAAUGACUAA